AUGCCUACGGUUACAGGCGCACCUUUCGUUCCACAACCAGUUCAUCGAACGAUUCGCUUUCCCAAAUCGAAUUAUCAUGCGUAUGACGCAUACGAUAGUCCAUCUCAAUCACCAACUCCUUCAAAAUCACACACAACCUCGAAUAAAGAAAAUCUUCUCGGAACAACAACGAAAGAGUCAACACGAAUGAAAAUCCUCGUUGGUUCGAUAAUAGCUGCUGUUUGUGUUGUGCUGAUUGUCGUUGUUGUUGUGGUUGUCUUGCUCACUCGAAAAUCAAGUGCUACAUUAACUACGACAAGUGCAACUAUUACUUAUGUAUUAUGGAGCUUUGAUAAUGUAACAACGGAUUUAUACGAUGUUUACAAUGGUGACUUGAUAAAUGGUGCAACAUGCACUGUGAGCUCUAGUACAAUCCCAUAUUUGGGUCAAGGUUACCCAUUAGGUUUAAAUUCAUCACUAAAUCAAUCAUUUGAAGUUUCUACAUUCUUGAAUCUUGCCUCUACAAGUUUUACUAUUGAAGCCUGGAUUUAUUCAACAGUUGUGACAGGACAGAAUGGUAUUAUGGGGCAAUGCCAAUGUUCAACAUGUUUAAAUGAAUGUUUUUAUUUUUUGAUUCAAUCCAGUAAAUUGUAUGUUGGAUUUACAUUGAAUGAUAUCAGUGGUUUAACUACACUUGCCGUUAAUACCUGGUAUCACAUAGCUUUUGUUUAUGAUUCUGUCGCAAAACAACAAGUCUUAUAUUUAAAUGGAAUUCAAGAUAAUAUCAGGUCAAGUGUAUCUGCUUAUCAAGGAGCAAAUGGAACAUUUACGGUCGGUUCUGCGACCUUCUCGUCAUCCACAACGUUUUUCAAUGGUUACAUAGAUAAUGUUAAAAUUUCGACACAAACAAAAUCUGCAACAGAUAUUUUAUAUGCGGCAUCAUUGAUAGCCUAUUAUUCAUUUGAUUUACCUACUCCAACAAAUGAUAAUGGUCCAAAUGGAUUAAAUGGUACAACAGUAAAUACAGCAUCAGUUACUGGACGUGUUAAUGAAGCAUUGCGAUUCACUGGCUCAUCAUCGUAUUUUCAAGCAUAUGGAUUUUAUCAAGCUGGAUUCGGUGUUAAUUAUAACAAACCAUUUUCAGUCUCAAUGUGGAUAAGUGUAUCGUCGUAUACCAGUUGUGCAAUUGUUCAAAUGUCAACAGCUUAUAAUGCUAGCUCAUGUUUUAAUAUGCUUGGUAUUUUCGCAUAUACUGGUAAUUCGGGUCAGUGGGUUGCUCAAGGUUAUGCUUGGCCAACUAUUUAUGGAACGCCUAUAACAUUGAACACCUGGACACAUAUAUCAUGGACAUUCUCUCUAACUAAUGGAUAUCGAUUGUACAUCAACGGAGUUUACUACGGCACAACUGGUUAUUAUUCUUAUGGUGGUACUUCUGGAGCGAUUACUUGGAUACAAAUCGGCUACAAUUUUGGUUGCAGCAGUGCUUAUAUUACAAAUGCUGGCUUUCAAGGAAUUAUUGAUGAAGUUUAUGUUCAUAAUCGAGAAAUCACGGCGGCAGAAGUUUCUGCGCUGGCUAAUCCCUAA